AUGCAGGAUCCAUCAGCCACAAGGAAGAAACGUAGCAGGAAGAUUGUGGACGAUAGCGAUGAGCAAGAGGAUACAACACCCGUAAAGCCAGCUGCGAAAGCAAAGCCAAAGAGCCAGCCAAAGCCCGAAGUGACAAAAAAUGAGCCUACGACUUCAUCGGACUAUUUCGCCUCUACCAAGAAGAGAGGGCGACCUGCCAAAACCACGGAACCGGCCAAACCCAACGAGACUAAGGAGGACAUUUCCAGCGAACAGCCCAAGAAGACCGCCGUGGAAUCCGCAGCAAGUCAAAGCACCUCUCGCACAUCACCAAAAAAGGCCAGUAAGGUCGUCGAAGACGAGAAACUCGGCGAUAAUGACAUAUUUGCAUCAGAGUAUGGCAAGGUCGGGAAAGGAGACGACGAGUACGUCGCCGGAGGCGACAGCGAAGGCGACAGCGACUUCGAGGUGCUUGAGGUAAAGCCUGCUGCUGCUAAGCCCAAGAGAGCGCCAGCGAAGAAGGCAUCCCGCAAAGAUGAUGACGAAGAUGACGACGUGGUCAUGGAAGACCUCCCUAAGAUUCCUGCCCCGAAAGCUCUACCAGGCCGCAAGCGCAAGUCAGAAGCUCUCAUCGACGAUGAUGAAGAUGAAGAUUUCGAGCAGCCAAAGAAGCAGACGAAAAAAGCCGCUCCUAAGGCAAAAUCCACAGCAUCGCCCGCCGCAAAGAAGCCUAAGGCUAGCCCGAAGAAAGCCAAGAAGGAGGAUAAGGUCGAAAGCAAAGAGAUCCAAGAUAUCUUCGACAGUAUUCCCACAAUCGAUGCCCCAGAACCUCCCCAGGGAGAGGCAAAAAAAUGGAAGUUCGGACAACAACAAUCUCGGGACCCCGAAAUGUCCGGCACCAAGGAACUUCCUACAGGCGAGGAGAACUGCCUUGCCGGGCUGUCAUUUGUUUUUACCGGUGUUUUGGAGUCUCUCGGCCGUGAAGAGGGCUCCGUGUUGGUGAAGAAAUACGGAGGCAAGGUUGUCGGCGCACCCAGUUCUAAGACCAGCUACGUUGUCCUCGGCGGCGAUGCUGGCCCAAAGAAGCUGGAAACUAUCGCGAAGCAUAAGUUGAAGACCAUCAACGAGGAUGGUCUUUUUGAAUUGAUCAAGAGACUACCUGCCAAUGGCGGUGAUGGUAAAGCCGCGGAGAAAUAUGCAGAGAAGCAAAAGGCCGACGAGGAAAAGGUCCGGGCUAUGGCUGCCGAAAUCGACGCCGAAGAGAAACGCAAGGCCGCGAACGCAAAGCCAGCCAAGACACCCCAGGGCUCGAAGUCCGCGGCCUCUCAACAGGCACCAUCCAGCUCGCAGCCUGUGACGUCCAGUGAUCUAUGGACCACGAAGUAUGCCCCAACCUCAACCAGCAUGAUCUGCGGAAACAAGGCUCCCGUCGAAAAACUCCAGAAUUGGCUACGCAAUUGGCACCGCAAUUCUAAACUUGAUUUCAAAAAGGGUGGUGCAGACGGCUCAGGUACAUAUCGUGCCGUGAUCAUUCAUGGUGGACCAGGUAUCGGAAAAACCACAGCGGCUCACCUUGUGGCAAAGCUGGAGGGAUUCGAUAUCGUGGAGACCAAUGCUAGUGAUACUCGAAGCAAGAAGCUCGUUGAGACCUCUACCUUGGGUGUGCUUGAUACAACUUCCUUGCAAGGAUACUUUGCUGGAGAAGGCAAGCAGAUUGAGGGCGACAAGAAAAAGCUUGUGCUCAUCAUGGACGAGGUUGAUGGUAUGUCUGCUGGUGAUCGUGGGGGUGUGGGAGCUGUUGCUGCCAUUGUGAAGAAGUCCAAGAUUCCAAUCAUCCUCAUCUGUAACGAGCGAAGACUUCCCAAGAUGAAGCCAUUCGAUCACAUUACCUUCGACAUUCCCUUCAGACGCCCGACAUCUGAUCAAAUCCGUGCCAGACUUUCUACCAUCUGCUUCCGAGAAGGCCUUAAAAUCCCGCCUCCUGUGCUUGAUGGCCUGAUUGAGGGAACCAACGCCGACAUCCGGCAGGUCAUCAACAUGUUGUCUACGGCUCGACUGGACCAACAGGGUCUCAACUACGACCAAGGCAAGGACAUGUCAAAAGCCUGGGAGAAACACAUCAUUCUCAAGCCUUGGGACAUUGUCAGCAAGAUUCUCAGCGCUCAGAUGUUUGCCCCAAGUUCCACCUCUACUUUAAACGACAAGAUUGCGCUCUACUUCAAUGACCACGAGUUCAGCUAUCUGAUGCUCCAAGAAAAUUAUCUCAAGACCAAGCCUACGCUUGCAGGCAGGUACCAAGGCAAAGAGCAGAAACUAAAGGCACUCGAAUUGAUGGACAAUGCUGCUUCGGGCAUCAGUGACGGCGACCUCGUCGACCGCAUGAUUCACGGAACACAGCAGCAGUGGAGUCUCAUGCCUGUCCAUGCAGUUUUCAGCUUCGUGCGACCUGCCAGUUUCCAGCACGGCAAUUUCAGUGAACGAGCUGGGUUCACCAGCUGGCUAGGCAACAACAGUAAACAAGGAAAAAUGUCUCGAUACGUCAAAGAAAUCCAAGGUCAUAUGCGUCUCCGCACCACAGGCAACCGUGAUGAAAUUCGUCAGCAAUACUUGCCCCUUCUCCAAGAGAAAAUCAUCCGACGACUCAUGGACGAAGGCAAGGACAGUGUUGACUCUGUCAUUGACCUCAUGGACGAAUACUAUCUCACCCGCGAAGACUUCGAUGCCAUGGUGGAGUUGGGACUCGGUCCUAUGACCGAGUCUAAUAUCAAGAUCGAGACACAGACCAAGGCUACAUUCACCCGCAUGUAUAACGCGCGUUCCCACCCUAUGCCGUUCAUGAAGGCUAGCAAUGUCGUGGCGCCGAAGAAGGGGACGAAGGAGAAGCCGGAUCUUGAAGAUGCCAUCGAGGAGUCUGACGAAGAAGAAGUUGUUGAUGAGGUGAAGGAUGACGAUGAGGAAGAACUUGACCUGAAGAAGGACAAGUAUGUCAGUUUACCAAAGAAGAAGAAGGCGCCGGCUAAGGGCAAGAAGACAAAGAAAGCCGAGGGUGAUGACGAGGAGAAGCCGAAGAAGGGUCGUGGCAAGGCCAAAGCCAAGGCUUAG